AUGUGUUUACGAGUACUGCACACAAAACCAUACCAUGGAGAAAGUUGCUAUGCGGGCCAUCGCCCAGGAACCUGUAAUGCCCUAUCCAAAUGCCCCAGCUUGGUCCGUGAAAUGAGAAGAGCCGGGAAUCCUCUGCCAAGUUAUAUGAGAAAGAAACUGCGUAGUUUGGGAUGCGGUUUCGAAAAUGACGAACCCUUAGUAUGCUGUGAUCGUACAGACGACAGCCGAACCGACAUUGAUGACGAUGAAACAAAAUAUUAUAACGAUAGUCCUUAUUCUAAAGAUCCCGAAUACAAUACGGCAAGUGGCAACGAUAACAAUGGAAGUGCUAAUAUUAAUGCCAAUAAAAAACUACCAGAUGUAAGAAACCAUCGAAAUUUUAAUCUAUUACCGACUCAAUGUGGACCAGUCGAGGGCGAAAGAAUUUUUGGAGGCAACAGGACAAGAUUGUUUGAAAUGCCUUGGAUGGUCCUUAUAUCUUACGAUUCAGCUCGGGGUACAAAAUUAAGUUGUGGUGGUACGCUUAUCAAUAAGUGGUACGUCCUGACUGCAGCACACUGUGUCUCUUUCUUGGGCUCCAGCCUUAAGCUAAAGAAUGUGAUCCUUGGAGAAUGGGACGUGAGAAAAGAUCCAGAUUGUGAGAGAGUUGAAGGAGAAUUGUUUUGUGCGCCACGAAUACGGAAAGAGCAGAUCGACAACAUUAUCGCCCACCCAGGCUACACACCGCAAGUAUUGGCUGACGACAUAGCUCUCAUACGCCUUGCAAAACCAGCUGACUUUACACUAGAAACAAUGAAACCAAUUUGUUUACCAACGACUCCAGAACUUCAAUCAGAAAAACUUGAGGGAAUGCAAGGUGUCGUGGCCGGUUGGGGAGCCACAGAAGAUGGUCUGCAGUCGUCAGUACUUCUCAGUGUAGAUCUGCCUAUCAUCACUAACAGAGAAUGUCAAGAAAUCUACAGUGGGUCACCACAAAUAUUCGAUUCGCAAUUGUGUGCAGGAGGAGAGCCAGACAAGGAUUCCUGUGGAGGGGACUCCGGUGGACCUCUGAUGUAUCCCGGGAAGACUAGGGUGGGGGUUAGAUACGUGCAACGAGGGAUUGUGUCGUAUGGUUCUAAACGUUGCGGCGUGGGCGGAUACCCUGGAGUAUAUACUAGAGUUGCGAACUACAUGGAUUGGAUAUUAGAUAAUAUAAACGAAUGAUGUA